AUUGUUUGAUGUGCAGAAAGAAAUAAGAAAUUCUGUUCUUUCAUAUAAUAAAAAGACACCGGUUUGCAAAUGAUAAAAAAUGUCUGAAAUGGAAGUAACAGAAAGCAGUAAUGAUUGCUCAAAUGAUUCACUUUUAUUAGAUCGCGUAUUCUUACGGCUUGGAAAUGCCGAUUCGGAUGAUCAACUAGAGAGCUGUCUAAAUAGGUUUCUGCCUCCCGUUAUUCUUAAACUCUCUUCUCCGCAUGAGCAGAUUCGUACAAAAGUGAUGGAACUUUUGGUUCAUGUCAAUAAAAGGGUUAAAUGUCGUAAUGAUGUUCAACUCCCUGUUGAAACACUGCUGAAGCAUUAUAAAGAUCCUGCUGCCAAUAGUUUCAUUAUCAAUUUUACCAUUAUAUAUAUAACUAUGGGUUUCCCGAGACUGCCAAAGGAUCAGCAAUUGAAUUUAGCUCCACUGUUGCUUGAAGCAAUUGAGAAUAAGCCACUGGCCCACCAGGAUAGUAUUCUCAUGUUAGUGAUGCCACUGCUAGGAGAUAUUAAGGAGCAAAACCUCAAUUUAAAAGAGAAACCCAAACUAGCUGCAUUGAUUUUAAAGUUUGCAACUGAUGUUCUUCUGUUACCUUACAGAGCUUUGCCAAAUGCAGGCGUAAGUGAUUUCCAGGUGCCACCUGGUAUGAGUUUAAAAUCAUACAAGAGAAUUGUUGAUAAACAUCAGCUGAAUCCUAAUCAACUUGAAGAGAUAAAACUGUCCAUAGUGACAUUUAUAAGUAAAGACAUAUUUAACCCAAGCGACAUACUCUUACCGCUGAUUAUCGCCGCGGCUGAUUCCCGGUUCAGCAUUGCUAAUCAUGCCAAUAGUCCACUUAUUAAAGUAAAUAGCACUGUAGACUGGUCACAGCCUUCAGUUGUGGCUCCACUUUACGCAUUGUAUUUGGGCACUUGGGCAGGCUUGAAAGUACCUGCUGAUGACCGGAAGGUGCCAGCGUGUACAAGGCUCCGUUUAAAACUUAUUCAAUAUCUUAACAAGGCAACUGGUUCAGCUAUUCUGUUCCCACAUUGUGUUCAAGUGGUUUUCUCAUCAUUAUUUGAUCCGAACACUAAUUCGCGUCUUCGUAAUAGUGCGCUUAUGUUUCUACUCAACGUAAUUAAUAGCGGAGAUCAAGCUCAGCUGACAAAGGUAGCGGCUAUAUACUUGAAAGGACUCCUAAAACUAAUUAGAUCUGAAGAACAUGCAGAGCACCAGCCCAAGGCUUACAUGUGUUUAGGACGAUUAGCAUUAAAAUGUCCGGAGUCUUUUAGCGACAAAUUCGCAUUGCUCGAGGAGCUUGUCAAGAAAAUUCCAGAAGCUGUACCCGAAAUGAGGACAGCCUUAAGAGACGCUUUAUUAGAAAUGGCCGCGGCUUACAAGAUUAAUCCUGAAGAUAAAAUCGAGCCAAUGGACACGUCAGAAGUUGCCAGCACUUCAUGCGACAAGAUGGAAGCAGACGAAAGCUCAGAAAGUAAAAAAUCGAAACCCAGUCCCUUUGAUGAGCCGCAAGCACUUGCACUAUUCGCUUUGUUGGACCACUACAUGCACAGUGAGGAAUCUAUGAUCCGAUACAUCGCAAUGCGUUACUCCGCUUCAGUGUUCCCCCAGGAUUAUGUUCCCUCAAGAUAUCUUCUGUUAUUGGCCAGCGGAGACAGUCAAGAUGACGUUUCUACCGAAGCACUGAAAUGUCUCUAUGGCACUUCACGUCCAAACGAAAUAGAGGAUGUUGUCAACAACGUGUCUGUAAAAGACACCAAUGUAGUCAAUAUAGAUGAGGACACAUCAUCCAAGGAUAAAGACAACGCGCCAGAGACUCAACUCAAAGUGCCAAAAUUCAUCGAUGUGAUUAAUUACAUAUGGGAUCAGAUGCAGAAAAGGAAGAAGGGUUCGAAUUCUAAACACAGGUUUGUGGUUGGCAAUCACGUUCUGCAGUUUCAUCCUCAGACAUAUCAAGAAAUUUUGAGAUAUUUAAGGAUGUGCCUAAACCGCGAUGCAAACCUUAGAGAUUGCUCGAACCACCCCAAUGCUACCUCACCAAUUCUAGCUAAAUACUUUCAAGAAAAUUUGUUGGAAACCGAAGCGCUUGAUAGAUAUUUAACUAUGAUUACUUCACUUCUGAACGGUUCUCCAGGUCUCAUGCCCCUAACAUGCUUCUUGGAUAUUGUGGGUUGUGUGCCAUCUAAAAUGGCUGAAAAAUACACUGGAUUGUUACCCUUCAUGAAGAAUCUUUUCGCAACCAGCACAAAGGAAGAUAUCCGUGAAACAUCUGCGGCUAUUUACGCUAUAAUUUCCGUCCAUACAAAAAACAAAGCAGAUAUAGAAAUUGAAAUAAAGGAGUGUGUAGCGCAGUGCCGCAGUAAUAAGAGCUUGGAGUCUCAGUGCGGUUAUAUUAUGGCGUUCACACAUUUGUGUGAGAGAUGUAUAGUUUUGUCUAGGCGAGGCAAAUUCGGUGGAAAAGGCUUCAAUCCAAGAAGUUGGGAACCGUUUAAAGAGGGUGUACUGUGUUUAGCCAACUUCUUGUCACAUGCUCAAACGCUUUUAGUUAGUACAUCAUGUACUGCAAUAUCCAUUCUAGUCCGAUGCUCCGCGUUACCAUUACCUAAUUCAUCCCCAAAUCAAGACUCCCUUAUGGUAAGCGAGAAUCCUUUCAAAAUCAACCAAAGCGACUCCGCAAUUUCGGAAGGGGAAGUUACUAAAUUCUCAGUGGCCGAAAGGUUAUUCAAAAUAGUGGGAAAUGCAAAAAUACCCUCAAAAGUAAAGGAAAGAUCGCUGUAUACUUUAGGUUUAAUGUGUACCGGCGAAAGACUUGUGUUCUCAAAACAAAUUGUCAGAGGAUUUUUACAAAUGGCUAAAGAUAGUAAAGAAUUUGAAAUACAUCUGCAAAUAGGCGAAUCUUUAGUACUCUGCGUCGAAGGUAUAAAUUCGAACGAAAACAGAGAUUUAUGGACCGAGCUACCUAAAGAGGGUGAGGCGAAAAUAAAAGAUAUAGAAGCGCAAAAAGAAAAUGAUGAUCUAUUAAAAUGGUUACUAUUGGAAUUAUUCAAAAUUGGAAAACAUCCUCAUCCACACUCUAGACAGGCAACUAGUAUUUGGUUGUUAGCAUUGCUGAAAAACUGCCCGGAUCGAGAGCCCAUUAAGAGCUCUCUACAGCAACUACAGGAUACAUUCAUGGAUUACCUUUCAGAGAAUAGUGACAUCGUUCAGGAUGUAGCCAGCAAGGGGCUGAGUCUGGUAUAUCAAAACUCGGAUGAAAAUCAGAAAAAGGCGCUGGUAGCGCAAAUCAUAGAACAGCUAACAAGCGGCAAAAGGUCCGUGGCACAAGUCACUGAGGAUACUAAGAUAUUUGAGGAAGGACAGUUGGGAACUGCGCCUACUGGUGGUAAUCUAUCUACAUACAAAGAACUCUGUUCUUUGGCUUCGGAUUUAAACCAACCGGAUCUUCUCUACAAAUUUAUGCAUUUGGCUCAUCACAAUUCUAUGUGGAAUUCCAAGAGAGGUGCAGCAUUCGGGUUCCACUCCAUAGCACUUCAAGCCGGUGCUCAACUGAGUGAGCACCUACCCCGCAUUGUACCGCGCUUGUACCGAUAUCGUUUCGACCCCACGCCCCGAAUACAAAACUCCAUGGCCAGUAUAUGGCAUGCCAUCGUGCCCAACACACAACAAACUGUUCACAAAUAUCACAAAGAGAUAUUAAACGACUUGGUGGCUAACAUGACUUCGAACCAGUGGCGAGUGAGAAUGUCUUGCUGCAAUGCUCUCACUGAUUUAUUGAGGGGGGCGCAAAACCUGCGACAGUCUCUGGAUCAGCUGCCUACAAUUUGGUUGCAGUUGUUCCGCGUUAUGGACGAUGUGCAUGAAGGCACGCGGCAGGCAGCCGCUAGUACUGCCAAUGUACUAUCCAAGCUAUGCAUCCAGGCAUCGGAUGUAAACCAGGGUAAAGAUGGAAAAGAAAUUGUUUCAGCUAUAUUACCCGUUCUACUUGAUACAGGGAUCACAAAUCUUGUCAAAGAAGUGAGAAGUGUUAGUUUACAAACAGUAGCAAAAUUAGUGACAGCAGCGGGAAACAGCUUGGCGCCUUUCUUGCCGCGUUUAGUGCCCGCUCUGGUAGGCGCUGCGGGCGAGUUGGAAUCUGCUAAACUUUCGUACUUGAGUACAGCACUGGCGGACACUGGCUCGCGCGAAUUGCUGGAUGAUAUGCGCGCCAAUGCGGCUCGGCAUCAUUACACCACUGACACCGUCGUUAAGUGUAUGCCGUUCAUUAACAUCGAUACAUUCAAAGAAAUGCUACCAAGUAUUCUCGAAUUAACGAAAUCACCGCAACUGGGCACGAAGGUCGCGUGCGCACAUUUCUUAGUUCUCGCUACACAUUAUUUAAGAGCUGAACUCGAACCUGUCGCGGGAAAGAUUAUGUCCAAUCUAUUGAAUGGUAUUUUCGAUAGAAAUGCAACAGUUCGGAAAAACUAUGCUGAAGCCCUCGGUCAAGUAUCUGCACAUGCUAAGCCACAAUCAAUAGAGAAGUUAAUGAAGAAAUUGAUAACUUUGUAUGAAACAAAAGAAGAUGAUGGUUCGAGAUCGGCAAUAGCUUUAACUCUGAAGUCCGUGGCUAAAGCUAAAAUUGAGCACAUAAAGGACAAUGAAGAUAUACUAGCGCCUGUAGUAUUUUUAGCCAUGCACGCGCCUAAGGAAGAUGACUCAACUACAGUGGAAUCAUUCGAGGAGAUCUGGUCGGACAUGAGCCCAACCCGCGAAAGUGGGAUCCGACAACAUUUGCCCGAUAUACGUGCGUACAUUGAACAGGCACUCGUUUCCGGAAGCUGGACUAAGAAGAUUCAGGCGGCAAACGCAAUAAAAACAAUAUGUAAAGAGAUGGCGAGUGGGUUGGGCGAAGAGCGGGAGCCAUUUAUUCGCUCCUUGCUAGCGGCGGUGCAGGGAAAAACUUUCGAUGGCAAACAACACAUUCUAGAAGCUAUGGCGGAUUUGUGUGUCGUAAAGGAAGGCUCGCCGGCCGUCUCUCAGGUGCUGGCGACGGAGUGCGUGGAUGCACUCGUGGCGGAGAGCCGAAAGCAGGAACCUGUGUAUAAAAAGCACGCGUUGACCGCUUUGGCGCGCGCAUUCCCCGCCGCCUCUUGUGACCGCUUCCAUCAACUCUACGAGAUCGUAAAGCAAAUUUUAUCUAAAGAUGAAUUGGCCAUGGACAAAGAUUCAGACGAAGAAGAUAACGACGGAGUGAGACAAAGGCGGGAACAGUUGACUGCGCUGAAGGAAGCCGCUUACGAUCUGUUGGGUAAAGCGUGGCCGAAGGACCCUCAUACACAAGAAAAGUACCAAGAUCUUUUCUUCGAACAUUGCUCCAAAGCAUAUCCAACAAGUUCUCGAUCGACGCAACUGGCUAUAUUAGCAUCUAUUGCCAGUGUAUUGGAGAGGCUCGCGAUACUGAGCAAUAGCGGGGAGCCGAUGGAGACUGACAAUGUAGCGCUCUCAAACGGAGACAAAGCAAUCAGCGGCGUGACUAACCAAGUUGCUGCUAUAAUUGAAUAUACACUCAAGAACAGCAAUCAAGUAAGGAAUAGGAGAGACGCACUUAACUUAAUGGAAAUUAUGAUCAAACGUUUAAAAGAACUCCAAAAAAUUGAAGAAAUCAAUAAACUACGUGACAUUUACCAAAUAUAUGCUCAAGACUUGUCGAAGGAAUCAUCGCACGAAUUGAGAUCGAAGGUGGAUACUAUAAAAGUUUAUUUUAAUUAGAGGACCAGUGUUACCAUUUUAUUUAUACAAAAAACUGUCAAAAUAUAAUAACCAAUACUAUAUAAAAUGAGUUUACACAGAA